CCACUUCUCUCGUCAGCAACUUCUGCACUGCACACACGAACCUCGCACCAUGGGCCGGGGACAAGUGACCAUGGGCAAAAAGUCCUCCUCAGCAUCCGCUGCGACGCGCAAGAAGCAUGCUCGCAAGGCCGGCAAGGACGAAGACGAGGUUUCCACCGCAAAGCCUCAACGCGGCCAGAAGCGCGGAACAGACGGCAAGAAGCUAUCCAAGAAGGAGCGCAAAGCGCUAGCAAAGAUCAAGCAGUACAUCCCCCCACCGAAGCCGCCUGCACCCCCAAUCCCCGAUCCGCUUGACGGGCAGGGCCUCGCACGCUCCCUGCCUGCGGAGCUCGUCGUCGUACUCCGGCGGCUUGGGAAGAAGGACGAUGUAACGCGGCGGAAGGGACUCGACGAACUUCGCGAGCAGUGGGUCACCCCAUUGCUUGAGGAAGGAGGUGGUGAGGAAGCGACGACGCAGCGCGAUAUCACUGCUGCGGCAGUGGAGGCAGCGCUGCCUGUGUGGCUGCAUAACCUCGCGAGCCUGCUGCAGUCCCCCUCUCAUCGCACCCAGGCCCUCGCCCUGCACAGUGACCUACUUGCCCUUCCCCACCUCCGAGGUAUUAUCCUCGACACCCUUGCUGGCGGAUACCUCCCGGGCACGCAGGACCGGGAUAUCAUCGGCUCUUGGCUGGUGGCGGCGCUCGAGGAGGGUCGCCGUGCCGGUGGCAAGGCGUUGGCCGUUUGGGACUCGGUCGCGCGCUUUGAUCCGCCAGUCGUACACGAAGGCGUGCCAACUUCACAACUCGAUCUUGUGCCCCACCUCUCGGCGCUCGCUGAGUACUUCUCCCUCGCGACGCUUGACCCUCAAACACUGCAUCGCGACAUCCACCCCGCACCCGUGCAAGUGGCCUUCGAGAAGGAGAGACCGCCCACCAAGGGGAAGAAGGGCGCGCAGCCCAAGAGCAGAGCUUCUCCUGUUCCAACGCCCACUCCACCCGUCGAGGAAGACGCCGAGGUUGCGGAAGAGCGCUGGGCGCGGUACCGCGUUGGUGGGUUGGUGGGCCUGGCGUGGAUGGUGUCGAAGCUGCCAAGCGCCAACUUUGAACGACCACCAGAGAAGUUCGCUGCACUGCUCAACAACCCUGUGUUGUGGAGCGCUCUGGGCACUGCCGUUGCCGUGCCCGACGUCACACCGAUCGGGAGCCAGCCACCUAUACGGAGGGCAGCGUACAACCUUCUCUCCACACUCAUUGACGUGUACCCAGCUGAAGUGGCACGUGCAGAGCUCCUCGAGACUAUCUCGCUAUCCGUGCUCUCCAACUGCUGGUUGGAGAAGGAGGCCGUGGUGUGGGAAGCAGCGGGCUCGGCCCUGCUCAAGUUCCUCACCAAACAUCGUUCUUCCUGGCUGGUGGCGCCAAAGGCGGACUUUGAGGAUGAUGACGAUAGCGAUGAUGACGAAGACGAUGAGGAGGGUAGCACCCAGCCGACAUCUCGCGCCGAGACACCAGCAGGACGGAGUUCUGUAGGCGAUGAAGCGAUCUCGACUCGAGCAUUCGACAGCUUCCUCGAUUUCGUCUCGACCAUCUGUCCGACCAUUCCUCACCUCACAUACCCUCUCCUCGUCGUCAUUGUGUCGACCGUUCCAUCAGCCCUUCUCCCCCUCUCCUCGCCCCCAAGCCCAGCCCUCCAGAAUCUCUUCACCCACCUGUGGUCGCCGGCCGACGCACGGCUUCUCUCAACCCACAGUCUUGGCGGGCAGUCGUCUGCCUUCCAGGCGUUCCUCCAGUCUGCCGCCGACAUCACAGUGUACCUCCUUGAGAAAACGACGGACGAAACGCAGGCCUGGCUCGUUAAGGAUCAGCUCGGUUCGCGCGUGUGGGGCGAGGGCGUCGUGGAGAUGGGCGGCAAGGGUGUACGCCGCGGUGCACCGCCGAUUGAAACCGAGGCCAAGAUCGCUUCCAGAGCGGUUGGCAAGGUCGCCGAGAUUGCGCCGAACACUCUGCCUGCGCUCUUGGACGAGGUAGAGCGCACAGCACUCCACGGCAGUUUCCACGAGAGGCAUGCCUUCCUCGCGCGAGCUCUCCCUGCGCUUAUGUCUCUGCGCGAUGCGGGGCCGAGCGUCCACCGGCCUGUCGACGAUAUCAUUGUAAAGCUCGCCGACGGGUGCACCGAGCUGCUAUUCGAGUUCACUGAAGCCGCGCCUGGUGUAGCCAAGGCCCUGGUCAACAUUCUGAAGACCCGCGCGGAGCUCUUUCCGCCAGAGCGCGUGCACGUCAUCUCCCAGGGGCUGCAGGCGCAUAUUCGCGAGCUUGUAUCUGCCCUUUCGCCACCCCUCGUCGCCCAGCUUUUCAACGCUGUUGUGGCUGUUGCGUCCGCGGGCGAGAAGGAGGCCCUCCUCUCCGCGUUGUGGGACUUCGUUGCCUCCGACGUAGAGCAGGAGCAACGCUUUGCGUUGGCUCAGGGAAUCCUACGGGAUGGUCCGGACCUGGUUGGCGCAAAGCGCCUCGACACCGUUGCUCGUGAAGCAGUGCGCGCGGCUCUCAUUUCCGAUGACGCCGAGGCCGUGUCUAUCGCCUCGAAGGCCGUAGUUAGCACCGACUGGCUUUCGGAUCAGGCACGGGACGAGGUGCUCGUCUCUGUUGCAGCCGCCGCACAGGACGCCGUCGACGACCUUCUCACAGAGGGUGCAGAUGCCGCCGUCCCUUCCGCGCCGUUCGCUAUUCUCGCCGCGUUUGCAGAGAAGCAUCUGGAAAGACUCGUCACAGCGGAGGGCUACAUUGGCGCCGUCGUGGCCGCACACCAUCUGGUUGUACUCCUUCCUCGUCUCGGUUUGGACAUCUCCAUCCCGGAUUCGCCGUUCACAAUCUGGACCGCCGCGGCCCGCCUCCCAGAGGAGAGCAAGACCAUUCUUUCGUCGGCCAUUUCGAGAUCGCUUGCUGGGCUACUUGGGCGCGUAUCCUGUCGUGCGAACCCUGACGUCCUCGUCGACGUCGCUCUCAUAACCGACCUCGGUACUAGGCCAACGCCCAUCACUGUGGCCAGUACCCUUCUCCCACCUGCGGAAGAGAUGCUGUCUCAGCUGAACGCGCACACUUCUCAGCCACCGCACCCUGCCCUUCCCGUUAUCGACCCGCAGGUACCGACGGGCGGUGUCGUGGAGCCUCUAGCCCGCGCGUCCGAUUUCGACACUGACGGCCGUUCUCGGGCGGCUCGCUUCGUCGAGGCAGGUCUUGCCCUUCUCCGAGUUGACCGGUCCCUUGUUACGGCCCUCCCUCAUCUCCUCAAUGUUGCGCUCAGCGCCAUGGUGCUGGCGUCCGAUGCGGCUGCGAUCCCCGGCGCCUCCCGAGGGAUGUACACGCCCGAGGCCAGUCCGGCUUCCCUUGAGCGCGUUGUGCGUGACGCACAGGGUGCCCUCUCGUUCUCCUUGAGCCUGGUCGACGAGGCGCCACUUGCAUGGCACAAGGCUACCGUCGAGCAGCUGAAGGCCGGCAGGCCAGCAGAGAAGGCUGAUUAUCUUCAGCGGCUGCUGGGCGACCUCCGUGCCGCGGUAGCCGACAACGUCAGUGACGUCGCGCCACGAGCGUUCUUUGCGGUUCUCUCAAGACACCUGCGCGGCUGCGAGGCUGGUGAAAGCGAGGGCGAGGUGUGGUUGACAUACGCCAUGCAGAUGAGCGAGAAGCAACCUGAACUGGCUCAGGCGAUCAUCCUCGCAGUCAAGCCACUGAUGCUUGAAUCAAAGGCGUUUGACGUGGCACAAAAUAGACUCGCCAACACCCUGACGGGAAUAUCAAUCAAGAACGUCAACGAGAAGGGCGUUCCUGCCUUGCGACUGCUCGUCGCCGCUGCCCCGCCCCGCGACUCGCUCUCCGUGUUCCUGCCGCAGCAGCGUGCGGUUUUCGUUUUGCGCCACGUGGGCGGCUGGCUCACUUCGGAGGAUGAAGCGGCUGACGACCUCUCGGAUGAGGUAGACACUCGUGUCGCCGAGCUGUAUGCGGCCCUCGCGCCGAUCGUGCAAGACCUCUCGGGCGCACAUUGGGACGGCAUUUUUGAUCUGAUCGACAGUGGGCUCGCCUCAUGCGCGCUCGACGACCAGGAAUCGUACCCGUUGCUGCACGCUGUGCUCUCCUUACUGUCGGAGGUGCGCGACCUCGCCGCUACAAACAAGGCACUCCGCGACCUCUGGACCGGCAAGGAUGGACACCUCGCGGGCGUCGUGAAGUUGUUUUUGCAGUGCCGCGAUGCGGCAAGCGAGCCGCUUCAGCUUAUCCACGCCCAAUUGCUCGACCUUCUCGGCGAUGCAAGCCCCAAGGUCAUGGCCGCGGCUGGGUUACCUGAGCUGUGCGAGCUGCUUUCGCAGUCGUCGUCUCCUGCGAUCCAGAGCACGGCCUACCGGCUUCUCGCUCAGGUCGUCCGGAAGCGUACCGCCGAGCUCGUUCUCGAGGUGGAGGCGGAUGUCGUGGAGGAACCUGCCCCACCACGAGACAUUAAGCUGCCGGCUGACUUGGUGGCUAUCAUCGAGGCGGGUCGUGGUGUCGACUGGCAUGAGACACCGUCAGUGCCCGUCGUAACCGCGCAGCUCCUCGCCUGGAUGAGCAUACUCAAUCACUUCGAUGACGCUUCUCGUACCCUUCGCUGGGCGUAUCUCGACCAGAUCACCUCGACCAAGCUGCUCGACGAGGCGCUUAUCCCCCUACUCUUUGCAAUGCUUGGUGUCUCCGAGGUCGGCGCAUGGAACUUCGCUGCGGCCGCCUACGCCGUCGACGAAUAUUAUUGCGACCUUCUUGAGCCUGAGGACCUCCCGGACCUCAACCCGCUUGCUGCGCAUGUGUAUUACCGCGCUCUUGUGACGAUCCCUAGCGCCAUGCGCGCGUAUUACGAGGGCCUGAAGGACCGACAGCUCUCCCUUUCAAUGCUGGCGUUCACGGCGCGCAAUUUCUCUCCUGUUAUUAUUGGGCAUGAGUUCUCCGCUCUACGCGCCCCACAUGCCCUGGCCGAGCUCACAGACGAGGGUCUCAGCGUCCGCAUCGCGCAGGGAGGCGGUGGAACCGCAGGAGCUGGCGCCGCCGAAGCCAUUGCCAGCUACACGGUGGACGAGCAGCCGAUGGAGAUUGGUAUUCGCCUUCCCGCUGAGUUCCCGCUCAAGGCCGUGGACGUGCGUGACCUCCGUCGUGUCGGAGUGCCCGAGAACAAGUGGCGCGGUUGGCUCAUGGGCGUGCAGCAGACCAUCACGUCCCGCAAUGGGUUGAUCCUAGAGGCGCUCACAGUGUUCAAGAAGAACGUCGCGCUGCAUUUCGAGGGUGUGGUCGAGUGCGCAAUCUGCUACUCGAUCAUCUCCCUCACGGACCGCACGCUGCCCACCAAGCCCUGUAAGACAUGCAAGAACCGGUUCCACGGUUCCUGCCUGUUCAAGUGGUUCAACUCCAGCCACACGUCGAGCUGCCCAAUGUGCCGCUCGCUGUUUUAGGACUUGUCGCCUAUCUAGAUCUGUAGACGUGCAUCACAUGUACAAGCCUCUAUAGUACA